UUGAGAUUGUGGGCGACGGCUAAGUGAGGGGAAAGGGCUGAGCUGCAGGUCGCAGCAUCUACACAAAAAGCCCCACACGACACCCCACCCGUGGAGGGGAUCCUUCACUCCAAAUCUCUCUCUCCCUCUCUCUAUUUGUCUCUCCCUCUCUCUCCUCAAAAGAUCUCCGGAGGCAUAUAGGAUCUGUGGUUUUGCUCCGUUCUAGGGUUUAAGAGUCUAUACUCGCCAUGGCCUCGCCCUAUCCCUUUCCCCUUACUGCUGCUCAGGUUGGGACGUACUUUGUUGGGCAGUAUUACCAGGUUCUCCAGCAUCAGCCUGAGUUUGUGCAUCAGUUUUACUCUGAUUCCAGCACCAUGCUUCGUAUAGACGGCAACAACAGGGAAACGGCUACCACAAUGCCACAAAUCCAUGCACUUGUUAUGUCACUCAGAUAUGCUGGAGUUGAAAUCAAGUCAGCACAUUCUCUGGAGUCUUGGAGUGCUGGUGUUCUUGUGAUGGUCUCUGGAUCUGUGCAAAUGAAGGAAUACAACCAGAGAAGGAAAUUUAUGCAGACAUUUUUCCUUGCACCCCAAGAAAAAGGUUUUUUUGUGCUCAAUGAUAUAUUUCACUUUGUUGAAGAGGAUCCAAUUCCCCACCACCAAGCAGUCUUGUUUUCCCAAAGCAAUCUUGAUUCUAAAUUGAAUGCUCCAAUGUCAAUUAAUAAACCAGUGUCCAGUUACCUGCUGGGUGCAGAUAUCCAGGCGAGGGAAUUUGUUCCUACUAAUGAGGUCAAAGAAAAUGGUGUAGUUGACAAUUAUGGAUACUCAGAGCAAAGAAUGCAGCAUGUCUCUGAUUCCGAACAUAUCAGGGAGGAUAAUACCGCUGAAGAGUCAAAUGGCUCACUUCAAGUUACAGUGAAUGUGGUGCAAGACCAUGUGCCUGCUUCUGCUGAGGAACCUGCUGAGGAGCCCCAAAAGCAUACUUAUGCCUCCAUUUUGCGGGUUGCUAAAGGACAACCUACACCAUCAAUGCCUGCCCAACCUUCUUAUGACAAGCAUGUGUCCUCAGAGUGGGAUCCUCAGACUUGUAGUCAGCAACCAACUUCGGCAAACACAUUUGAAAGGCCAGACACUGAUGCAGGGGCAGCGGAGGAGGUUCCUGCAAUGGAAGAUGAAGGUGAAAUCAAAUCUGUUUACGUGAGAAACUUGUCUCCUGCUGUUUCUGCUUCUGAAAUUGAGGAGGAAUUUAAAAAGUUUGGUCCAAUCAGGCCUGAUGGUGUUGUUAUCCGAAGUCGCAAAGACGUUGGUGUUUGCUAUGCAUUUGUUGAAUUCAUGGAUAUGAAUGGGGUUCACAAUGCAGUCAAGGUGAGCACUGUGCAGAUUGCUGGAAGACAGGUAUACAUCGAAGAGCGAAGACCAAACAGUUACAUUCCUUCACGAGGAAGGAGAGGCAGAGGCAGGGGCGGCUAUCAAUCAGAGGCACCAAGAGGGCGUUUUGGUUCAAGGGGCUUUGGCAGGGGAAACGGCCAAGAUGGAGGUGAUCGGGAUUAUAACAAACCGUCAAGAGGUAAUGGUUUCUACCGACCCAGUUCUCGGCAGGAGAGAGGAUAUUCAGGGCACCAAGUACCAAGAAAUGGUCAGAAUCUGGCAGAGUCAACAUAAAAUUCUCUGCUAAGGAGAUUCAAGUUUUGGGUCCAAAUAUUCCAGUUCUUAUAUAGUCGAUUUUAUCGGAGAAGUAAACCAAUAGUCAAUAUUUUUUAAGUCUACCUGCGGAAGACGUUGUAGGUUUAUGGAUUUUGCAUAUUUCGUUUUUCAUAGCCGUUUUGUUCAAGGGGCGUCUGGUUUUAAUAUUAAUUAUUUCCUCGGGAAUUUUAUGUCGAGUCGGCAGUCCGAAACAUGCGAGAUUUGUGUCUGCCUUGCUGAAAUCUCAUGUCGUUAUCUCAAUCAAAUGUAUUUGUAAUCAUUUAUUUCUCAAAUGGAUUUGAUGGAAACAUUUCAAUACAUUAUCUCCGACUUUCAUUUU